AUGGAUGCACUUCAAUCGUUGGGAAAGUCUUGGCAAUUGACUUUUGCUCAACUUACUACAGCCAUUCACCAACUGUCAUUUCUCAUCACCGGUCUUGCCACUACGCUCGGUGUUCAAUGGUUGUUCUAUAAGGGUGCAGCAAGUAACGACAGUUACCUGACUCAACUCGCACAGUACGUGGGUAUGGUGUGUGUAGGUUUCAUUAUUCCAUUUCUUCUCCGGAACAAAACAGCAUAUCGUAGUCUAGGCUCCGAGGACGACCAUGACGAAAGCGUUCAUCCACGUAUUAGCAUGGAACUAUUGGCCCAAAAUAGUCACAAUGAUGAAGAAGAGAAAAGUCCAAGACUGUACACUGAAGGAGCCGUCAAUCAUUUUUCUGUCAUGAAACUUUCCAUGCUCGAUGUCGUCGCCAACUUUUGCGUAACCCUGGGUUUUGCAGUGAUCGGCAGCGGGUGGAUCGCCAUCUUUGGUACAAGUGCUGGUCUGGCGCUGAGUUCCUUGGAUAAUUUGCGUCAGCAAUCUCCGCAGGACAAUGCAACCACCAGUUCUUCCCUUUUAAUGUUUGGUACUCUCAUGACGCUUGGUGGUACCUUUUUUUAUUCUUGUGUGUACGUUUAUUCCGACCAUAUCUUAUCCAAACAGUUCCCGCCGCCUUUGCCAGCACGAGUAUGCUUCUUCACUGGAGUUUACACCACCAUUAUAUCUCUACUAUGGAUCACCUUUUAUACCGUGCCACGCUUUGAUCAAUUGAUUCACGUCGACCAAGAUGUUUCGCUGGCUCAAGUGUGUUUAACCUAUGCCAUGGUCGUGGUUGCCAAUGCAACCCAUUCUUGGAAUUAUUACGAGUUAAUUGAAAGAACUGGAAGUGUAAGUGUUCAAUAUAGGAUGGACAUAUGCCCAAGAUAG